UCCCUGGUAUCCAAAUCUUAGUUUCUUGUAUCAUUGCCCAGACUCUUCGGUUUCUCUCGCUGUCUGCGGCUCGGAAUUGAACCAGCGCGGACUCUACAGUGUAUCACGUUGCGUCUUACAAACCCGCUACUGGAUUAAGUCAGAAUUUAUUUAUUUUUUUCACUGCAUGUAUUGACGAAGACUUUUUCACCAGACAUCCCACUGUCUGAUCUGAAUCUGUUUCGACUGCACGAACACCGCCGCAACCGAGAGGGAGAACAAGAGUCUACAUACAGCCAAAAUGAUGUAGCCGUGUUCAGACAACACAAUCUCAUGAACCUGUUGGAAAGACACAUUACCGAAGAGGUUUGUAAAGCGGAGUGGAUUGAAGCAUCACCAUGGACAAGCUGUCAAGCCUGCCUGCCUCUGCAGCCUCGGUCUCCAGUUUGACGGCACCCGGCAGCCUGAACCCGGGCGUGGGGGCCAACGUGUUCCAGCGCCGGGGGGCUCUGAAGCAGAAGAACGUGAUGGAGGUGAAGAACCACCAGUUCAUCCCUCGCUUCUUCAAGCAGCCCACUUUCUGCAGCCACUGCACUGACUUUAUAUGGGGGAUCGGAAAGCAAGGGUUCCAGUGCCAAGUCUGCAGUUUCGUGGUUCACAAGCGCUGUCAUGAGUUUGUCACAUUCACCUGUCCGGGAGCCCACAAGGGACCCAAACCAGAGGAUCUCCGCAGUAAGCACAAGUUCAAGAACCACACGUACAGCUCCCCCACGUUCUGUGAUCACUGCGGCUCCCUGCUGUACGGACUGGUGCACCAGGGCAUGCGCUGCUCAAGCUGCGAAAUGAACGUUCACAAGCGAUGCGUGUCCAGUGUGCCAAACCUGUGUGGCCUCGAUCACACAGAGAAGAGAGGAAGAAUACACAUCACAGUGAGGGCUGAGAGUGGAGGAGAGGAACUACAUGUGACAGUGGGGGAAGCUCUCAAUCUCAUCCCUAUGGAUCCAAAUGGACUCUCAGACCCGUAUGUGAAGCUCAAGCUGGUUCCCGACCCGAAGAACCUGACCAAGAAGAAAACCAGAACCAUCCGGUCCACUCUAAACCCAGCCUGGAACCAGAGCUUCACCUUUUCCCUGAAGCCUGUGGACUGGGAUAAGCGUCUGUCGGUGGAGGUGUGGGACUGGGACCGCACCUCCCGGAAUGACUUCAUGGGGGCGCUGUCCUUCGGGGUGUCAGAGCUGCUCAAGUGGCCCGUGUGUGGGUGGUUCCGGCUGCUGAACCAGGAGGAGGGCGAGUAUUACAACGUCCCCGUCACGGAGGACCUGAGUGAGGCAGAGCUGAAGCUCAGGAUGCAGCGCUGCAGUAUCUCCCAGUCCUCUUCCCUGGUCUCCCUCACUGCAGAGAGUCAGCGCUCCAGCCUCUUCGGGACUCCCUCUGCUUUCGGGAUCGAAGAUUUCAAUUUCCUCAUGAUGCUGGGAAAGGGCAGCUUUGGGAAGGUGAUGCUGGCUGAGAGGAGGUGUGCCUCUGACGAGCUCUUCGCUGUGAAGAUCCUGAAGAAGGAUGUUAUCAUUCAGAACGAUGAUGUCGAGUGCACUCUGGUGGAGAAGAGGAUAUUGGCACUUGACGGGCGACCUCACUUCCUGACUUCACUGCACUCAACAUUCCAGACCGAGGAUCGUUUGUACUUUGUCAUGGAGUAUGUGAACGGUGGAGACCUCAUGUAUCACAUCCAGCAAGUUGGGAAAUUCAAAGAGCCGCACGCAGCGUUUUAUGCUGCUGAGAUUGCUGUUGGUUUGUUUUUCAUGCACAAUAAGGGAGUUAUCUACAGAGAUCUGAAGUUGGAUAAUGUAAUGCUGGACUCCGAGGGUCACAUUAAGAUCACCGAUUUCGGGAUGUGUAAGGAGGGGGUGUUUGAGGGGGGCAGCACUCGGACAUUCUGCGGGACCCCCGACUACAUAGCACCUGAGAUUAUUGCCUAUCAGGCCUAUGGGAAGUCAGUGGAUUGGUGGUCUUUUGGAGUUCUGUUGUAUGAGAUGCUCGCUGGACAGCCCCCCUUCGAUGGAGAGGAUGAGGAAGAGCUGUUUCAGUCCAUCAUGGAGCACAACGUCUCCUACCCCAAAUCUCUGUCCCGUGAGGCUGUGGCAAUAUGCAAAGGGCUCCUGACGAAGCACCCAGCCAAGAGGCUCGGCUCCGCCGUCGAUGGGGAGAGGGAGGUGCGGGACCACGCCUUCUUCCGCAGGAUCGACUGGGUCAAACUGGAAGCACUGGAAAUACAACCACCCUUCAGACCCAGACCAGGUGGCCGGAACGGAGAGAAUUUCGAUAAGUUCUUCACCCGAGCCCCCCCGGUUCUCACCCCCCCAGAUCGGAUGGUUCUGGCCUCGCUGGAUCAGAAUGAGUUUCGGGGGUUUAGCUUCGUGAACCCUGAGUUCCUGCACCCCUCGGAGAGAGAGAGGGAUCUAGCCGGGCUGCUGCCCUCACCCCUCAGCCCACACAACCCUAUAUCACUGGUCUGAGAGGCUGAGAGAAUAAACACAUUGUCAGACCUGUCCCCAUCGCAAUCAGGAAAAAAAAAACACAGCUCCCAGCAUGCCCCAGCACUAUCAGUAAGAGUGAGGGAUGCUGGGAGGUGUAGUUCUUGAUCCUGUGACAGUAUAAUAUGAUGAUUGAGUUUACACUUUCCCCUUCAUAGACCCCAGUGUUAGAUGUUAAAGCCAGGCUGCCCUGUAGCCAAGUUUCAAGAGCAAGGCUACAGGAAAGAGCUGCAGACAAUAAGCAGCAGAUAUUAUACCUCCCCAUUGAAACCUAUUAGCAGCAAGUACACUUUGCUCAGAGUGUAGAUCUCACACUCACAAUGUCAUGACAAGCAUUCAAAACGCUUAAACCACAACAGGAUUCAGUGCAUAGAGAUAGUACUUGAAAGCUACAUGUCGAAAAUGUCUAUUUUCUAAUAUAAAAUAAAACCACACCAGGGCAACGUCAAACCCGAUCCGGGAGAGGCAGGCAGACAGGCAGGCAGGUCCUAAUACACAGGCCAGGCCCUGCAGUUUGUAUUGAAUGUUUUGGUGCUCACUACUGUUGAUUUGUGAGUUUAGUGUUAAUGUAAGAAGAAAGAGUCUGUUCUAUUAGUUAUUAGUGUAUUUAAAAGACAGAAAUUACAAUAAAACCUGAUAUUAAGGUCACUCAGUAUAAAGGCCUCCUCAAUAUUAAUUAUUUUGUCAGCUAUAAUGGUUUUAAUAUUGAGAUUGUAUUGUAAUUCUUAAAUUGUGUUCAUUUAUUUAUUAAAUUGGGAAUAUUUAGCAACGUAUAAAAAUGAUUUUAUAUCAAUAUUACAAAUGUAUUUUGUGAACAGAAUUAUAUAUAUAUGAAACAAGGACCAGGGGUCACAAAUGGAGAUUAGAUAAAGGGGCAUUCAGAACAGAAAAUAGGAGGCACUUUUUACACAGAGAAUUGUGAGGGUCUGGAACCAACUCCCCAGUAAUGUUGUUGAAGAUGACACCCUGGGAUCCUUCAAUCCUUCAAGAAGCUGUUCUUAUAUAUAUAUAUAUAUAUAUAUAUAUAUAUAUAAUUUGUUAUAAUUGGUAUUUAAUUUUUUAAAACAUUUGUCCAAUUAGAUUUUAAAAACUGAAUUCAGUUAAAUUUAUGUGUUUAUAAAACUAUAAUAGUAAUAGCUGCAAAUGUAGUAUUUUUACAAGGACUUCUGUGUCUAUUAAUCAGUUUGUAGUAAAACUAAGGUUUAUUUGGGCAUAUGAAAUAACAGAAAGUGAUGAAAUAUAUAUAUGUGUGUGUGAGUGUGUGUGAUGAACUUAGAAUCUGAGAAUCAUUUAUUUAUUGAAGCGAUAAAACGUUAGCAUUUUAGAGAAAAAAAUAUAUAAUAUGCAUAUUACCAUUUUGUAUUGAAUAAAACUGUUAACUAUCUCUCUAUCUGUCCACCAUCUGUCUAUCUUUAUCUGCCUAUCUGUCCAUCUCUCUAUCUGUUUAUCUAUCUAUCUUUAUCUGCCUAUCUAUCCAUCUCUCUAUCUGUUUAUCUGUCUCUCUGUCUGUCUAUCUAUCCAUCUCUCUAUCUGUUUAUCUGUCUCUCUGUCUGUCUAUCUAUCCAUCUCUCUAUCUGUUUAUCUGUCUAUCUCUGUCUAUCUAUCCAUCUCUCUAUCUGUUUAUCUGUCUAUCUCGGUCUGCCUAUCUGUCCAUCUCUCUAUCUGUUUAUCUGUCUAUCUUUAUCUGCCUAUCUGUCCAUCUCUCUAUCUGUUUAUCUGUCUAUCUCGGUCUGCCUAUCUAUCCAUCUCUCUAUCUGUUUAUCUGUCUAUCUCGGUCUGCCUAUCUGUCCAUCUCUCUAUCUGUUUAUCUGUCUAUCUCGGUCUGUCUAUCUGUCCAUCUCUCUAUCUGUUUAUCUGUCUAUCUUUAUCUGCCUAUCUGUCCAUCUCUCUAUCUGUUUAUCUGUCUAUCUCGGUCUGCCUAUCUGUCCAUCUCUCUAUCUGUUUAUCUGUCUAUCUCGGUCUGCCUAUCUAUCCAUCUCUCUAUCUGCCUAUCUGUCCAUCUCUCUAUCUGUUUAUCUGUCUAUCUCGGUCUGCCUAUCUGUCCAUCUCUCUAUCUGUUUAUCUGUCUAUCUUUAUCUGCCUAUCUGUCCAUCUCUCUAUCUGUUUAUCUAUCUAUCUUUAUCUGCCUAUCUGUCCAUCUCUCUAUCUGUUUAUCUGUCUAUCUUUAUCUGCCUAUCUGUCCAUCUCUCUAUCUGUUUAUCUGUCUAUCUCUGUCUAUCUAUCCAUCUCUCUAUCUGUUUAUCUGUCUAUCUCUGUCUAUCUAUCCAUCUCUCUAUUUGUCUAUCCAUCUGUUUCUGUUUCGAUAUCUCUAUCUAUUUCUCUUAAAAAUGAAUGUUAAAAUAUCUAUAUUAUUAAUAAUAUUAGAUUUAUAUAAGGUCAUAUUCCAAGUGCUGAAUUUACAUUGAUAAUAUAGUUAGAGAAUUAGCUCUUGUGAGUUUUAUAUACAUUUGUAGAUUUUAAUAUACAUAUAUAUUUAGAAGUGUGAUAUAGAUUAUAGUAUAGAUUUUAAUGUGUGUGUAUCUAUAUAUAUAUAUAUAUAUAUAUAUAUAUAUAUAUAUAUAUAUAUAUAUAUAUAUAUGUAUAUAUAAUGCUAUUGGUGUUAUUGAUUAUAAUGUGUAUGAUAUUUGCAUUUUGAUAAGUGAAACUAGAUUUGGAAAAGCAACUUGAUACAGGAGAAGAGUAUCAGAGUAUUAUGAACUAAUCCUCUUCCUCUUCUAGUUCAGAUUCACAUUGUUCACAUUGUCACAUCCUGGAGACUUUUUAAAACGUUUAAAGCAAACCAUGUGGCCUCCAUAGAGCUCUCAGAAUCAUGUCUGAACUACAUCAGGAACACCAGAGUGGAACCAUCAUUAACCUGCCCCCUGUGUCCUCUAUAGAGCUCUCAGAAUCAUGUCUGAACUACAUCAGGAACACCAGAGUGGAACCAUUAUUAACCUGCCCCCUGUGUCCUCUAUAGAGCUCUCAGAAUCAUGUCUGAACUACAGCGGGUUCACCAGAGUGGAACCAUUAUUAACCUGCCCCCUGUGUCCUCUAUAGAGCUCUCAGAAUCAUGUCUGAACUACAUCAGGAACACCAGAGUGGAACCAUUAUUAACCUGCCCCCUGUGUCCUCUAUAGAGCUCUCAGAAUCAUGUCUGAACUACAUCAGGAACACCAGAGUGGAACCAUCAUUAACCUGCCCCCUGUGUCCUCUAUAGAGCUCUCAGAAUCAUGUCUGAACUACAUCAGGAACACCAGAGUGGAACCAUUAUUAACCUGCCCCCUGUGUCCUCUAUAGAGCUCUCAGAAUCAUGUCUGAACUACAGCGGGUUCACCAGAGUGGAACCAUUAUUAACCUGCCCCCUGUGUCCUCUAUAAAGCUCUUAGAAUCAUGUCUGAACUACAGCGGGUUCACCAGAGUGGAACCAUUAUUAACCUGCCCCCUGUGUCCUCUAUAGAGCUCUCGGAAUCAUGUCUGAACUGCAGCAGGUUCACCAGAGUGGAACAAUUAUUAACCUGGAAGAAAUACAUCAGGAAGAAAUACCACAGAUAACUUAUUUCCAUCCACUAGGGGGCAGUCUUGCAGGGGGAGGGGCAGGUUAAUAAGACUCCUGUAUUCAGGUUAUUCCCUCCACUCUCUAUCUUCCCGUGCCCACUCUUUCUUUUUCCUAGCCCCCCUGUGGUGGAAUCAGCUGCUGGAGAACUUCAGGGCUGCUCCGUCUCUCACUGCCUUCCGCUGCCUCCUCAAGACCCACCUGUUUAGACUGCACUUGUGGAUCUCUUGAUCCCCUCCUACUAUGCACUGGACUUGUCUGACCUAAGCACUAUGUUCUGGACCCUCACCGAAUACACUAUCCUUGCACUACUAUUGUGUCACUCUACAUGUAACUUGUAAUCCUAACCUGGGGAGGCCUGCGCUGAGACACUGGUCGAAUAGAUCCGAACCUAACAGCGCUCUGGAAGAAGCCAUCUACUAGUCAGGUCUGUACCCUCCACCCCACUGCUCCUACUGUGCCUUUUGUCUUGCUUGUCCUGCUAUGACUGUCUCUCACAUCCCUGUUCUGUCCCCCCGUCCUCGUCCUCUGCCCUCCCUCCGCUGCUGCUCCUCCAACCCCUCUAACCUAAUUUCUCUGCCUCUCCCCCCCUCCCGCACACUCUCUGGUGCACUCUGGAACUGUCACUCUUCUGCUAACAAAGCUGAUUUUAUAUCUGCCUUUGCCUCCCACCUCUCGCUCGAUUUCCUUGCUCUCACUGAAACCUGGCUGUCCCCUGAUAACACUGUUACUCCUGCUGCCCUGUCCUCUCUCUACGUCCUGUCCCAUACCCCGCGUCUCACUGGACGGGGAGGUGGGACGGGUCUUCUCCUCUCUCCCUCCUUACUCUUUUCUGUCCCCUCCGAUCUCACCUCCCUCUCUGUCAGUACCUUUGAAUUUCAUGCAGUCCAACUAACCUCUCCCUGUCAACUCCUGCUCAUUGUUCUGUACCGCCCCCCUGGGCCUCUCACUCACUUUCUGGAUGAACUCGACUAUCUACUCUCCUCCCUCCCCUCUCUGUCUACCCCGACUGUCCUGUUGGGUGACUUCAACAUCCAUCUCUCCAACCCCAGCCACUCUGCUGGAUUCCUCCCUCUCCUUCACUCCUUCGACUUCUGUCUCUCUCCGUCCCCUCCUACCCACAAAGCUGGCCGUCAACUGGACCUCACCUUCUCCAGGGCCUGCUGCCCCUCCAACCUCUCUGUCACCCCCCUGGACCUCUCUGAUCACUAUUUCAUCUCUUUUUCUCUGUCUCUCCCCCCUCUCCCUGCUCCUCCUACCCCCACUGUCACCUCUCGCCGUAACCUCCACUCUCUCUCCCCCUCUGUCCUUGCCUCCACUGCUCUCUCUCACCUCCCUCCUAUCGACUCCUUUUCACAACUCUCCGUAGACUCUGCUACCUCCACCCUCUUCUCCUCACUCACCUCCUCCCUCGACUCCCUCUGUCCCCUCACCUCCCGACCUGCUCGCCCCUCCCCUCCCCAUCCCUGGCUCUCCUCUGCGCUCCGCUUGGCAAGAAUCACACUGCGAUCUGCUGAAAAGAAAUGGAAGAGAACCAAACUCCCUGCUGCCCUAGACCUUUACCGCACUCUCCUCUCCUCCUUCUCCUCUACUCUCUCCUCUGCUAAAUGUGCUUAUUUCCAAUCUGUAAUCCAAGCCUCCACUAACAACCCAUGUAAACUAUUCUCUACCUUCUCCUCCCUCCUAAACCCUCCCCCCCUCCUCCUCCCUCCUCUAUCUCCCCUGACGACUUUGCCUCCUUCUUCUCUUCUAAAAUCUCAGAUAUCCGCAAACUCUUUAACACCUCUCCCUCCCCCGCACCCCCUCCUGCUCCAACCCCUACACCCACUACAUUCCCUACUAACUCGCCCUCCCUCUCCACCUUCUUGCCCCUCUCCUCCCUGCUCCAGGGUCACAAACCCACCACGUGUGCCUUGGACCCCCUCCCCACUCACCUCUUUCAAGCUGCUGCUCCUGCUCUACUCCCCUUCAUCUCCUCACUCCUCAACACCUCUCUACUUUCUGGCAUCUUUCCCUCUGCCUUCAAAAUAGCCUCUAUCACUCCCCUCCUCAAAAAACCUACCCUCGACCCCACCUCCCUCCAGAGCUACCGUCCUGUCUCCCUCCUACCCUUCCUCUCCAAAACCCUCGAGCGGACUGUACACCGCCAGCUCUCUGCUUUCCUGUCCAACCACUCUCUGCUUGACCCUCUCCAAUCUGGCUUCCGCUCUGCUCACUCCACUGAAACCGCCCUCCUGUCUGUCACCAACUCACUUAAGUGUGCCCGAGCUGCCUCUCUCUCCUCUGUCCUAAUUCUCCUCGACCUCUCUGCUGCCUUUGACACUGUUGAUCACUCUAUUCUACUAUCAUCUCUUGCUGACCUGGGGAUCUCUGGCACUGCUCUGGCCUGGUUCUCCUCCUACCUCUCCAACCGCACUUACCAGGUAACCUGGCGUGGAGCAACCUCCACACCUCACCCUCUCUUAACUGGAGUCCCCCAAGGGUCAGUCUUGGGUCCUCUCCUGUUCUCUCUCUACACCCGCUCCCUGGGCCCCCUCAUCGCAUCCUAUGGUUUCUCAUACCAUUUCUAUGCUGAUGAUGCUCAGAUUUUCCUCUCCUUCCCCACCUCUGACUCCACCAUCUCUACCUGUCUGUCUGCUAUUUCCUCCUGGAUGCACUCGCAUCACCUCAAACUCAACCUUUCUAAAUCUGACCUCCUUUUUUUUCCCUCCUCCUCCUCCCCCUCCUCUGAUCUCUCUAUCUCUGUUCCUCUGGAAUCUACCACACUCUCUCCCUCUUCCUCAGCUAAGAACCUUGGAGUCACCCUGGACCCCUGCCUCUCUUAUUCCCAGCACAUCUCCACUCUGGCACGCACUUGCCGAUUCUUCCUGAGCAACAUCUGAAGAAUCCGACCCUUCCUCACCAACUAUGCUACCCAGCUCCUGGUCCAGGCCCUGGUACUCUCCCGCCUAGACUACUGCAACUCCCUCCUGGCUGGCCUCCCUGCAUCCGCCACCCGUCCGCUCCAGCUCAUCCAGAACUCUGCUGCCCGCCUGGUGUUCUCUCUGCCUCGCUUCGCUCACGCUACUCCACUACUCCGCUCGCUCCACUGGCUCCCGAUCACCGCUCGCAUCCAGUUCAAGACUCUUGUACUCGCCUACAGAUGCCUUGACCAGACUGCACCCAGCUACCUCCAGACCCUCAUCUCUCCCUACACCCCCACUCGACCUCUCCGCUCCGCCUGCACUAGAAGACUGGCUCUACCUCAUUUACGCUCCCCUGCCUCCAGAGCCCGCUCCUUCUCCACCCUUGUUCCAUAGUGGUGGAAUGACCUUCCUACAGAUGUCAGGACUGCCCAGUCCCUGACCACAUUCCGGCGCCUCCUUAAGACUCACCUCUUCAAACAGCACCUGUAGAACUCCUCUGUUUGUAUCCUGGGACACUAUCACCCUUCAUUCAAAUGUGCUUUAUUUUGCUCUUAUCUGCCCCCUAUUUUACUGCAUUUAAUCCUGUACUUCAGAAUACUGUAAUCUGCCAAGUGUUUAACCUGUAGUACUUUGUAUUUAAUCACAUCCUGAUGUAACUAUCACUUUUUAAUCAUAUCCUGAUGUAACUAUCACUAUUAUCUGCUGUAUUAUUGAAUUGUGGUUUGUCACACUUGAACAAAAAUUAUUGUAUUUCUUGCUCUUAUUGUAUUACUUGUAUUGUAACACUUGAAUGUAUUUGUAUUUGCUUGCGAUUGUAAGUCGCCCUGGAUAAGGGCGUCUGCUAAGAAAUAAAUAAUAAUAAUAAUAAUAAUAAUAUUGUAUUGAUAUUGAUAUUGUAUUUUAGUUGUACUAUUGCACUUACUGAAACUAUACUGUAUUUAAAUAUUAAGCUUGCAUUGUAACCCUGUGCUUUCCUGUAACACCGGUAAGUCACCUUGGAUAAAGGUGUCUGCCAAAUCUGAUGUAUUCUUCCACCCAUUAGGGGCAGAGUGUUGCGAACAUAGAUUAAUAAUGGUUCCACUCUGGUGUUCCUGAUGUAGUUCAGACAUGAUUCUGAGAGCUCUAUAGAGGACACAGGGGGCAGGUUAAUAAUGGUUCCACUCUGGUGUUCCUGAUGUAGUUCAGACAUGAUUCUGAGAGCUCUAUAGAGGCCAGAGGGUUUGCUUUAAACAUUUUCAAAAGUCCCCAGGAUGUGACGAGUGAAACAGAAAAUGAUCCAAAGUGAAUCUCAAGAGGAUUAGUUCAUAUACUCUGAUAUUUCUAACCUGUACCACUUUGCUCCUCAAGGUUUUUAAAAUGUUUUUUGAAUUCUAUAUUUCUGUAUCGUUUCCACUCUUGUUCAAGUUGCAUUUGCCUGCUGUAGUUGAAGGGUUAAUGUGAUAGUAGAUGAUUUUGCACUGACAGAAUCUAUAGCCUGUUAGUUGAAUAAUAAAACUCUCAUUCUAAUCAAUUUCA